UCCCUCGUUUCCUUCAUCCUUCUUCGCCUCCAUCCACACAUACUUUCUUUCUCUUCUUCUUCUUCUUCAUACCCUUUCUCUUCUCAUCACCUUCAAAUUUUAAUUAAUUAACUAUGGAUUUGCUACCAAAAUGUGAUGCUAAUUAUGUUCCUCUUACCCCUUUAACCUUCUUGAACAGAGCUGCUCAGGUUUAUGCCAGUCGCACCUCUGUUAUUUAUGAAGGUACCCGUUUCACUUGGCGACAGACCGACCACCGUUGUCGCCGUCUCGCCUCAUCUCUCCGUUCUCUCAACAUUGUAAAAAACGAUGUUGUGUCUGUGUUGGCUCCAAAUGUUCCAGCUAUGUAUGAGAUGCACUUUGCAGUUCCAAUGGCAGGAGCUGUCCUCAACACUAUCAAUACUAGACUUGAUGCCAAGACCAUAGCCACCAUUCUUCGUCACUCCGAAGCUAAAAUCUUCUUUGUCGACUACCAGUUUGUUCCUUUGGCACGAGAGGCCCUGAGGUUGCUCAUGGAUGAUCAUUCUCAGGAGUGUGUUUCCUCUGAAUCGAGUUUUCCACUGGUUAUUGUCAUUGACGAUAUCGACUCACCCACUGGUGUCAGGCUAGGUGAGCUAGAGUAUGAACAACUUAUCCACAAGGGUAAUCCUAAUUAUGUCCCUGAACACAUUGAAGAUGAAUGUGAUCCUAUAGCCUUGAACUAUACUUCUGGAACCACCUCAGAGCCUAAAGGAGUCGUUUACAGCCAUAGAGGUGCCUACCUUAGCACUCUUAGCCUUAUUCUUGGCUGGGAAAUGGGAAGUGAGCCCGUGUAUCUAUGGUCACUUCCCAUGUUCCAUUGCAAUGGCUGGACCUUCACUUGGGGAACCGCUGCACGCGGUGGAACCAACGUAUGCCUACGCAACACCACCGCUUACGACAUGUACCGCAAUAUUUCUCUUCAUAAAGUCACUCACAUGUGCUGUGCCCCAAUCGUUUUCAACAUCCUUCUUGAGGCUAAACCUCACGAGAAACGUCAAAUAACUUCUCCUGUUCAAGUACUCACCGGAGGUGCACCACCACCAGCCUCAUUGCUCCAAAAGAUUGAACCACUAGGAUUCCACGUUACGCAUGCAUAUGGCCUGACAGAAGCCACUGGACCAGCCUUGGUUUGCGAGUGGCAAGCUAAGUGGAACCAGCUCCCGCAAGAAGAUCAAGCAAAACUCAAGGCGAGGCAAGGGAUCAGUAUUCUAACGCUGGCUGAUGUUGACGUAAAAGAUCUAACGACAAUGACUAGCGUCCCCAGAGAUGGAAAAACAAUAGGGGAGAUUGUCCUGCGAGGAAGUAGCAUCAUGAAAGGAUACUUCAAGGAUCCAAAUGCCACCUCUAAAGCAUUCAAAAAUGGCUGGUUCGCAACAGGGGAUGUUGGGGUCAUCCAUCCAGAUGGGUACCUUGAAAUCAAGGACCGAUCAAAGGAUGUCAUCAUAUCUGGUGGUGAAAAUAUCAGCAGUGUAGAAUUGGAAUCUGUGCUUUACAGGCAUCCCAGAAUCCUGGAGGCAGCUGUGGUGGCAAUGCCACACCCUCUAUGGGGGGAGACUCCCUGUGCAUUCGUGGCCCUGAAAAAGAAUGCAAAUGGGAAAACAGAUGACCUUAAAGAAGCUGAUAUAAUAUCCUACUGCCGGAAAAAUCUUCCCCACUUUAUGGUUCCAAAGAAGGUGGAAUUCUUGCCGGAGCUACCCAAGACCGCAACCGGAAAAAUUCAAAAAUUUCAGUUAAGGACUUUGGCGCAGACUUUUGAGGUGUCCAAGAGUAGCAGUGAGAAUCAGAAGCUUUCCAACAAAAAGAGCGGCCAAUCUGAUCAAGUCAAUACAAAAAUACCGAGAUACAUCACUGAAACUCAUGAAAACGUUCUUGCCCUGUCUCGUCUUUGAACAAGUUUUAGUUAAUUAAUAUUAUUAAAUUCAAACUUCCAAUAAGAUUACUUGUACAGAGAAAGAGUGUUUUUCGUGAUUUUAUAAUCACUAGACGUUCAUGUUUAUUUAUUAAAAAAAAAAGAAAACUUUCAGGUUUA